AUGUUGUAUUUAAUUGGAUUGGGUCUCUCAUACGAGUCGGACAUCACAGUUCGUGGUUUGGAGGUCGUAAAAAAAUGUAAACGUGUGUAUUUAGAAGCUUACACGUCCAUUCUCAUGGCAGCUGAUCAACUGUCUUUGGAGCAAUUCUAUGGCCGUGAGGUAAUUCUUGCUGACAGAGAGUUGGUGGAGACUGGUUCUGACCAGAUUUUGGCAGGAGCACAAGAAGACGACAUAGCAUUUUUGGUUGUUGGUGAUCCUUUUGGAGCUACAACUCAUACUGAUUUGAUCAUCAGAGCCCGUGAAUUGGGUAUCAAGGUGGAGGCCAUUCACAAUGCCUCAGUGAUGAAUGCUGUGGGAGCUUGUGGAUUGCAAUUGUAUCAAUUUGGACAGACGGUUUCGCUUGUGUUUUUCACAGACUCCUGGAGACCAGACUCGUUUUACAACAAGGUUAUGGAAAACAGAAAGAUUGGUUUACAUACUUUGUUGUUGCUUGAUAUCAAGGUUAAGGAACAAAGUAUAGAAAACAUGGCCCGUGGAAGACUUAUCUAUGAGCCACCCAGAUACAUGGACAUUGCUACUGCAGCAUCGCAAUUGCUUGAAAUUGAGGAACUCAGAGGUGAAAAGGCAUACACUCCAGACACUCCAUGUGUUGCCAUCUCUAGAUUGGGAUCUCCAUCGCAGACUUUUAAAGCUGCAUCGUUGAAAGAGUUGGCAGAGUUCGACUCAGGUGAACCAUUGCAUUCGUUGGUGAUGUUAGGUCGCCAAGUGCAUGAUUUGGAGUUGGAGUACUUGUACCAGUAUGUGGAUAACAAGGAUGAGUUCAAGAAGUUGGUAGAGGCUGAUCAGGAGUACUUCAAGCCUCCUCCAUAUGUUGCUCCGGUUGAGAAUGAUGAUGAAGACCUUUAAUUAAUUAGGCAAGUAUUACUUAGGUAUUUAUAUGAUUUAUUAAUGCAUAAGCAUAAGAUCCAUUAC